UCCGAACAAUCAUGUAUACCAAGGUAUUGAUCGUUCUCGUUCUUGCAACUGUGGCUCUUGCCCACCCUGGAAGAAGAGUCUAUGACGAUUAUGGUCCACUUCCUUACGGACCUCGUCCUCUGAAAGUUUUAGGACCACGUCCUUAUGCCCCUUACGGCCCACGUCCCUAUGGCCCCAAGGAUGACUACUAUGUGCCAAAACCAUACGAUUUCGGAUACGAAACCGUUGACGAAGAUGGAAGCAAACAAAACCGCCAAGAAAGCAGUGAUGGCCAUGGUAGAAAAACUGGAAGUUAUGGAUACGUUGACCCUUGGGGCACAUACAGACAAGUCGAUUACAUAGCCGACGAAUUGGGUUUCCGUGCAAAAGUUAAAACCAACGAGCCAGGCACUGCCAACCAGAACCCAGCCGCUGUAGAAGUUUUCUCUGAUCAAUAUCACUCCAAACCUCUUCCACCACCAGUAAGGAAAUAUGUAUUAUCCAGCAUCGCUUCUGUAAUCGUCGCUUACCCUCCGUAUCAUAAAGCACCCGUUUACUAUGAUUCACCAUACCAGGCUAUAAAACAAGAUUAUCAUGUUCCUCAACCGUACGAUUUUGGCUACGAGACAAAAGAUGAAUACGGUGGCUCUCAAAACAGGCAAGAAAGCAGCGAUGGCCAUGGUGGUAUAAAGGGCACUUACGGUUACACGGAUCCACACGGAAUAUACAGACAAGUGGAUUAUGUUGCUGAUGAACACGGAUUUCGCGCCAAAGUACGAACUAAUGAACCAGGAACUGCCAAUCAGAAUCCGGCUGCCGUAGGUGUUCACGCCGAACCACCUGUACCUGUUCACCCACCUGUACAGAAACUGGAACCCAUACUUGAUCCUUAUUACUAA